GACACCUAUUGUCUUUCGCGCUUGUACUGUACAUUAAACACCACCACCGGAGCUCAUGAUAGACUGAUGAUUACUUUGGCACUGCCCAAAGUUCUGAAACGUUUGGCCGUCUCUGGUGCGAUAGUUGCUUGAACUCUAGCACAAAAGGUCGACCAGAGGAUGGUCUUCCCGUGUCUCAUCGACUAUACAAUCCCAGCAUGGACGGAGAUUGUCUCUCAGGAGAACCUCAAACGCUCACGCCAAAUAUCUCAUUGUCAUGGCAGACACUCGCGCCAACAUCCUGCUCGCUUACACCUGCGAUGAGCACCUCAAUCCUCACAGUCACAGUCACAUUGACAAGUAUUGAUGUGGUCCCGAGUCUCUCGGUUGAACCAAUCUUUGUUGACAUCGAGCCUGCAUCCCCAAUAACCAUGGCCGCCAUCAUUGGAGGAACUGUCGUAGGAGUCGCGCUUCUAGCUCUCCUACUAACUUGUAUCAUAGUGCGAUCACGUCGCACAGGACAAAGAUCAUCUAUGACCCCUUUCAACCAUUCCUCACCUGCACAGCGCAACAUCACCGUUCCGAGUCCUCUGAGCGGUAGAGAGACAUUCAUCAUCCACCCUGAAUAUCUCGAUUCUUGUACUACACAGAAUUCUAGGGAUGGAUCUCCGUCUACCCCGUCCCGUGUCGACCCCAUACCAUUUCAGUUAUUCGACGAUAGUGACACCUCUCCGUCCACUGUUGCAAGGCGCCGACGGUUCUACGAGCUAGACAAGCUGUAUCCGUCUUGUGCCCAUUCCCAAAAUGGUUAUCGCCAUGAUAGUGGAGAUAACCGGGCUGAACACAUAAUUGCAAAUCAUUAUUCCCGAGAGCCAAGCGAAGAGCUUCCGGCUUACCCUCGUUCGGGAAGCAGAGGUGCAGAUCAUGAUGUCCUUCCUAGCUCUCAUCCUUCCUUAUAAACACCGGACACUCUCAUGGACACUUUCGCAAUGUAUUAGUCGUCAGGAUUAUUGAACGAUGUAGCAUUAUCUUGUAUCCUUCCUGCCGUCGGACUAGUCUUCCCC